GUAGAUCAAUCAUGCGUAACAGCAACGAGAAAAGCGUGACGCACACAAACGCGUCACUUCCGGUUGCGAAGCGACAGCUAACAGCGUGAAGAUAUGUCGGACAACACAUUGACAGUGACAGUUGCUUAUGGCACGACCAAACACAGCAUCACUUUAACAGCACAAGAUGGACACGAACCAUCAUUAAAGGAUUUGUCCGAUGCUCUGACAGAGGCCACGGGAGUACCAACACCAUCCCAGAAAAUUAUAUUUAAAGGAAAAUCAUUGAAAGAGAUGGAGGAAUCUUUGUCCAGCUUUGGAGUAAAACAGGGCUGUAAACUAAUGAUGAUCGGAAAGAGGAACAGUCCCGAGGAGGAAGCAGAGCUUAAAAAGCUUAAAGACAUCGAAAAAUCUGUGGAACAAACAGCUAAAAAGCUUGAGAAAGUGGAUGGUGAACUUGCAGGACUUAAGAAUGGUUUUCUUGCAAAAGAGUUGCAAGUCGAGGCUCUUAACAAACUGGACCACAGGGUGAAAGUUGCUGCUGAGCAGUUCAUGAAGAUCCUAGAGGACAUAGAUGCUCUGGGCCUGCCUGAAAGCUUUAGCGAUUGCAAAACGAAGAAAAAAGGACUUGUGAAAUCCGUUCAAGGGUUCUUAGCUCAGUGUGACAAAAUUGAAGCUGGAAUAUCUGAUCACUUGGCCAAGAUUCAGACCAAAAAUUUAGCCUUAGCAGAGUGAACCUAAAAAAACCUGUAGACUGACAUCAUUAGUUACUGGAGCUGCUCUGUGAGCAACCGGAGGAAAAACCUCAUCCAGAACUUUGGCACUCCAACAGUUAACCAACAACACACCCUGUGACCUACACAUGCCUGCUAUAAAAGGAAGAACAAGGCAAUUUAUAAAAUGUAAUACAAUUUUUGUUCAUGUUAUGUUGGCAUUACUUAUAGCUGUGCCAGGUUAUUUGAUGAAUCAACUGCUUGGGCCAUCCUGAAUCAUCUCCCUCUUAGUUUUGUGAUGUAGCCUUGUGAGGUUUAUAAAUGUUUAAUCCAUAGUGUUUUUCAAUUGGAAAAGAAAUGAUGGUGCUGUAAAAUGUCCUUAUAAAGGAUCUAACCUAAUUAAAUUAUAUAAUUUGUCUUGA